UACCUGUUUGAAUUUACGUUCUCAUUUGAUUAUUUAUACUGUGAUUAGAUAAAAAUAAUUUUAAGUUUAUCAAUUUGAUAAUAACAAAAUGUAUCAUAAUGAUAAAGUCAUUUACUUGUAUAUAAUUUUAUUCAGUGUAUUACCAAUAAUUUUAGCAAGCCAAGACUUCUAUAAAAUAAAACAAGUAGAAGAUAGAGAGGAACCCGAAGAAUUAGUUAUAACAUGGUGUACAAUUAAUCCAAAUGAAACAAAAAAAUGUGAAGCUUUAUCACAAGCCAAUGAACGAGACCAAAUUAAAGUUGGGUAUGAAACAAUCAAAAUACAGUGCAAACAGGCAUCAAAUAAAGAUGAAUGUAUGGAAUUCUUGGACGAAGAAAAAGCUACCUUGACAGUACUAGAUGCUGGUGAAAUAUUUGUAGGGGGCAGAUUUCACAGCUUGGUACCAAUAGCUCAAGAAAUACUACAGGGUGGGUUUAACUACUAUUACUCCGUGGCAGUGGUGAAAAAGAACAGCCUAACUGAUGUGAUUUCUUUAAGAGAUCUUAAAGGAAAGAGAGCAUGCUUUGCUGGUGUUGAGUCUUAUGCUGGUUGGAUGCUUCCUAUUAGUACCCUUAUGAAAGAAGGUGUUAUGGACAUAAUAGAUUGCAAUAAUCAUGUCAAAACAGCCACUAACUUCUUCGGUCCUUCUUGUGCCGUGAACUGUUUGUCUGAUAAAUAUAAUCCUAUUGGUGAUAAUUCGGAUAAGCUUUGUCAAUUGUGUGUAGGUGCGAUUCCAGGAAGGUGGUGUACGGAUGCUGAUCCUUAUUCUGGAUAUGAAGGGGCUUUUAGAUGCUUGCUAGAAAAAGGAGAAAUAGCUUUCGUGAAACAUACCACAGUUCCUGAAUUACUUUCUUCAAAAUACAGUCAUAGUAAUGAUGAAUUCCAGUUGUUCUGCAAAGACGGUUCUCGCAAACCCAUAUCAGAGUACUUGAACUGUAACUGGGGCAGAGUCCAUUCCGAUACCUUUGUCGUAUCCUCGGUAGUUUCUUUCGAGCGCAGAGAGAAGUACCAGAGGUUCCUGCAAAAAUUUGCAGAAAUAUAUUCGAAGAAUGGUAGAAGAUUGGAGAGUAGUUCUGAUGAACCGCAAUUUGAUGAUUUGGGGAAUAAGAUUCAUCCGGAUCAGUUCAAUCAGAAUGGAAAUAGAGUGAAUCCUGAUUAUACUGAUUAUAGUAACCGGGGGACAGAUCAGUAUGGGAAUAGGAACAGAUUUAAGAGACAAAAUUAUGGAUAUAAUCAAGAUCAGUAUAACCAAAGGGACAGAUAUGGACAGGACCAAUACGACAAUCAAGACAGAUAUAGAAAUAGACAAGACGAAUAUAAUGAUAACAGAGACAGAUACGGCCCUCAUCACAACCAAUACGGCAACAACGUUUACCAGAAUGAAAACAAUCCUAAUAAUUACAAUCAGUAUGAAUAUUUUAAUAUAUUCGAAUCAUCUCCAAGAUUCGGUGAUCACGGGAACUUGUUAGUUGGGGAUUCUGCUAUUGGUUUUGCACCAAUCCCCGAAAACCUACAAACCUAUGAAGCUUUCCUCGCUGAUUCCCAUAAGAUUAUCAUGGAAGUAAGAGAAUGCCCAGUGAAAAGAAUGACACUCUGUGUUACAUCAGAUGAGGAGAAAAAUAAAUGCAUCAAAAUGAGGACUGCUUUGAAAGCUCAACUUUUAAAACCGGAAAUGGAGUGUUACAAGGGUCAUUCGCAAAUACAUUGUAUGCAAGCUAUUAAGUCAGGUAGUGCUGAUGUGACUGUUCUGGAUGCUAGCGAUGUAUAUACAGCAGGCUUGAACUUUGACUUAGUGCCUUUUAUUAGCGAAGUGUACAACUUGGAAGAUCCAGAUUAUUAUGUAGUGGCCGUGGCAAAAGAAUCAGAUGCUAACACUGAGCUAACAUAUCUGAGAACGAAAAAUACCUGUCAUGGUGGUAUCAACACUGCAGCGGGCUGGGUGUAUCCUAUGGCAUUUUUGAUAAGCAAUGGUUGGAUCAGGCCGUAUGGCUGUAACAGCAUAAGAGCCGCAGCUGAAUAUUUUACAAAAAGCUGUAUUCCUGGAGCUAUCAGUACCGAGUACAACACAGGAGUACCUUAUGAUAACAUGUGCGAUCUGUGCCAUGGAGUUAGCUACAGAUAUUGUAGGAGAGACGCUUCCGAAGAUUACUACGGCCAUACAGGGGCCUUCAGGUGCUUGGUAGAAGGCGGUGGUGACGUAGCCUUUGUCAAACACACCACGGUCUUCGAAAAUACAGGUGGCAAAAAAAGAGAGUGGUGGGUCAGGGACAAUCUAGUUGAAGAUUUUGAAUUGCUUUGUCCUGAUGGGACCAGAGCCGAAAUUAAUGAAUACCCAAAAUGCAAUUUGGGUAAAGUUAAAGCCAAUGCUAUAGUCGCUAGAGGUGGAUAUGGGUAUAACGAGACUCAGAUCAAUGCCUACGUCAAUUUGUUUAUGUAUGCUCAGACGUUUUAUGGCAGGAAAACGGCUGAUGAGUUCAGUUUCAGCAUGUUCACUUCUGAGCCUCCCUACGCAGAUCUGAUCUUCCAAGACGCCACCACGCAACUACAAAUAAUCGAGCCAAGCAAAAGAUAUUACUCGGCAUAUUUAGGGCCCGACUUCAUGAGAGCAAGAAGAAUAGUAGACUGUCAUGCGGGGGCUUCUAAACGGCAAUCGGUCACAGUUUUCGCUUUGACAUUACUGACAGCUUUAAUAGUGUUUAGUUUUUAGUAGUUUUUACUUGAGAACCAGUUUUUAAUCCGUCCGAACAGUUCAAAGAAAUUUUGUGUGAAACGUCAUUUUAAUUUAUUUAAAUUUGACUGAUGUAUGCUUUAAUUCUAAUGAUAUUAUAAUAUUUUAUUUGAAAAUUAAAAAACGGCGUCACAGUGACCUUUGAAAUUACAAUUUAUGAUAAUUUCUAUCUGGGUCACCAGAUAAAUAUGCCAUUUCCAAAAAAAUGACAUAAAAAGUUACUUAAUUUAGAAAAAACUUUUGUCGAUUGUCAUUUCGAAGGCUACUAUGACACCGUUUUUUUUCUCAACAAUAUAUGGUACUUUUCCAUAUUUUUUUUUGGAAAGUUAUUAAAAUCCGUCCAACAUUUAUUCCAAAUGCUUUAUAUUUAAGUCUUAUUUGACUGAUACACGUGUUAAUUUUAAUGAUAUUAAAAAAAUAUUUUACACGUAAAUUUUUAUUUUUACAAGUAAGAUUUUUUAUAUUGUAUUUUAUAAUGGUUUUAAGAAUUUUUAAGUGCACUUACUAGUAUCAAAUGCCAUAAAUUUAUUUUUAUUGUGUCAAGUUUUUAUUGAUUGUACUCUAAAAGAAAACUAACUUAACAUAGAUAUCAAAUAUUUUUAAGUUUAUACAUCAAAUUUGUAUACACAAAUAUACAAGAAUUUUGUAG